GGCAGCAGGCGGUGUAUGGUUGGUUUGUGGUCGUGUUGGAAGUCUCGCUCGCUUGUCAAUAUCACACAACGAACGCUUUAAUGCUAAGAGAUGGGAAUCUUGCAGUCAUGCUUCCACGACGAACUGCCCUAGCGCUGCUCGCCCUGUGUGGAUUAAUAGCGGUCGGCGAUGCUCUUAAGUGUAAUUGCACUGCCUGUGAGAGCAGCAGUUAUGUGUGCGAGACUGAUGGGGCCUGCAUGGCCUCUACGUCCUACAUCAAAGGUCAGGAGGAGCAGCAAGUUCGGAUCUGCAUCCCCCGUGUCAGCCUGGUACCACCCGGACAGCCCAUCUACUGCUUGAGUGCCAAAGGCCUGCUCAACACGCACUGCUGUUAUACGGACUUCUGCAACAGUAUAAACCUCCAGAUUCCCAGCGGUAGGAGUACAGGCCAAAUACACUACCGUUCAAAAGUUUCAGGGAUUCCUGAAGGUAAAGGGGACAGUUGGGGUCCUGUAGAGCUGGUGGCAGUGAUAGCAGGCCCGGUCUUCCUCUUUUGCUUGCUGCUUAUCGUGGGAGUGCUCAUUUUCCAGCACCACCAGCGCAACUAUAACCAUCGGCAGCGACUCGAUGUUGAGGAUCCGUCCUGUGAUCAUCUGUACUUGGCCAAAGACAAGACCUUACAGGAUCUCAUCUUCGAUCUGUCCACCUCCGGUUCAGGAUCUGGCCUGCCCUUGUUUGUUCAGCGAACGGUGGCCAGAACAAUUGUACUGCAGGAGAUCAUAGGUAAAGGUCGCUUUGGGGAAGUAUGGAGGGGGAGAUGGAGAGGAGGGGAUGUGGCUGUGAAGAUCUUCUCAUCCAGAGAGGAACGCUCCUGGUUCCGUGAGGCUGAGAUUUACCAGACCAUCAUGCUCCGUCAUGAGAACAUCUUGGGCUUCAUUGCUGCUGAUAAUAAAGACAAUGGCACAUGGACACAGCUGUGGCUGGUGUCAGACUAUCAUGAACAUGGCUCAUUAUUUGACUAUCUCAAUCACUACUCCGUCACAAUCGAGGGGAUGAUUAAGUUAGCACUCUCAGCGGCCAGCGGCCUGGCACAUCUGCACAUGGAGAUCCUGGGAACACAGGGGAAACCAGGCAUUGCACAUCGUGACCUCAAAUCUAAAAACAUCCUGGUGAAAAAGAAUGGUACUUGUGCCAUAGCAGAUCUGGGGCUCGCUGUACGGCACGAGUCCAUCACUGAUACUAUAGACAUCGCACCUAAUCAGAGGGUCGGCACCAAAAGAUAUAUGGCCCCAGAGGUACUAGAUGAAACGAUCAACAUGAAGCAUUUUGAUUCUUUCAAGUGUGCUGAUAUCUACGCUUUGGGACUGGUAUACUGGGAGAUUGCACGACGGUGUAAUGCUGGAGGCAUCCAUGAAGAUUACCAGCUUCCCUACUAUGAUCUGGUGCCCUCCGACCCCUCCAUAGAAGAGAUGAGGAAGGUGGUGUGUGAUCAGAGACUACGGCCCAAUGUGCCCAACUGGUGGCAGAGCUAUGAGGCGCUGAGAGUGAUGGGGAAGAUCAUGCGGGAAUGUUGGUAUGCCAAUGGGGCGGCGCGGCUUACGGCUCUGCGGAUUAAGAAGACUCUCUCACAACUCAGCAUCCAAGAAGACGUUAAGAUCUGAAACGUGCGGGAUGCUGCAGAUCCCUGUAGAGACGCACAAGCGAAAUAAAGACUUAAGCCAAAAGCAGCCUGCCAGUUUUAGCCCUUUUUUGAACCUUCUAAAGUUGUGACGAGGCCUACCUCACCAUUUUAACGAAACUACUGAGGUUGAGUCCAUCCCAGCCCUUUUCCAUUUCUCCAAGAUCAAAGUUCCAAAUCGUGGAUGAGCCUCCAACCGCUGAUAUCAGCACAACUUCCCUCCAUGGACCUAUUGUUGUUGAGUUCUUUGUUUUUUGUUUGUUUUUUUGCAGGAAU